AGACAACUUUGUCAGUAUCUCUGCGAAUAAGAAAAGUAGGGUAGAGUGGGGUUAACUGAACAGGUAGGUUAACUGAACACAUCGAUGUUCCUGCCAUCUAGUAAUGAUAAAUUAAACUUGAUUUUGCCUGAAAGCGUCUUUUGUUACGUGUGUUGACACCGUUCGGUGCAGAUUUCUUUUAAGUCGGUUCUGAUCUCGUAAAUCAGCAAACAUAUUUUUAAUGGCCGCCACGUAAAAUUUGUGCUCCCAAGUUUUUUUGUGUUACAGUUAGCAAAAUAGAGUUUUAAAAUUGGUUUGACGUAUAUUUUGUUCCAAAUAUGCCAAGAAAAAGACUACGUACUACCAAUAACAGAUCAUAUAGUGUAGCAUAUCUUAGACAAGCAUGUGAAGGAGUCCUGACACAUGGUCGAACAACUCGAAGUGUUGCACUUCAGUUUAAAAUCCUAAGAAUGACUUUAAAAAGCAACGAUCUUCUGGUCAAAAACAAAGUUUAAAUUUUGAUUGGUCCAGUUAACCCCAGUCUACCCUACACAUAUUCCCGAACAG